AUGCACGAGCGAAUCUUGCCAGUCCUGGCGGCAGUCCUGCUCGUAGCUGCCCGACCUGCCGGAAGCCACUUCAAGUACAAAAUAGGUAUUGCAGUGCGAUCUUACCAACAGCGUCACCUUUCAGGGAGCAACUGGGAAGAGAAGGCGCAGUUCCUGGGCACCUACUUGGCGACGGGCUACAUGACCCGAAAUGAUGUGCUCCCCCUUGGCAUUCACUGGAUCAACAGUUCGGCCGACGUCGACCUGUGCGAGCUGCGAAAGAACGGCGUGGUUGCCCUGCUGGUGUCGAACGAGUGCGCUCGAACGGCAAUGCUGGCCCGGAAAGCGCGCCAAGCGCGCCUGCCGUUCCUGGCCGUUCUCAACCGCGGCUGCAGCCGACAGUGGGUGCUCCGGGAGGCCUACGGCAACGAAACCACGGCGGGGGACCAACGGGGAGCCGAUCCCGGAGAGCCCGAAGAGCCCGCAGGAACCCUGCUGGUGCCCUAUUUCGAAGAGUUCGACGUCCGCGUCGUGCUGGCCAGGAUGGCGGCAAUGCGCGUGAACCGGGUGCUCGUUGUCUACGACGACGCGUUCGCCACGUAUGGCAUGGAGAUGUUCAAGGAGCAGGCGGAGGGUCUCAACCUCACGAUGGCGUUCGUGCCGCUGGAAGCGAACCGAACGCAUGUCAACGAGGCUAUCAGCCAGACACUGCGGCGUCUGGCGCGAAGAAACAGCUUCUACACAUCGUUCGUCAUGCUCGUGUUCGCCAACUUCACAGUCGCCGAACGACUAGAAGCUGAGCUGAUCACGCAUGUCGGAAUCAACCCGAACAUGCGGCUGCUGCUUUUUUACAACGGCUGGGACAAGAGUCUGGGACGCUGGUACUACCAGCACGAGGUCCGGUACCCGUACGAGAAGCUGAUAUACGUCAUCACCCGAGCGUACAUCAAUGAAACCAGGAACAUCAUGAAGACGGCCAGUGCCAGCUGGGGCUCCAACGACCACGUGUUCACCUUGCCAGAUAUUACCACCCUGGUGUUCGUACACUACGUCAUCGAGUACAUGUCUCGCAGCGCGCAUAAGCUGCCAGACUCGACUGCGUGUGGAACUCCCAUGGACGACGUCCUCGAACGCAUGCAGCGGAAUCUUACGGAAGAGGUCAAGCGUCUUGCGAUACACAGCAGUGCGGCCAGAUAUCGGACAUUUUUUCUGGCGCCCGUUACUUCCAAGGAGUACCGGCUCAAACUCAUCGAGAACUGGAGCCUAAACAACGCCACCCUGGAGCGCACGCCUCUCCUCAGCGAAGUGGACGCUUACCUAAGAAACCGGACACUCAACUUCGCUGUUUUAGAGCUGCCGCCCUAUUCCAUUUACGAUAAAGGACCAAGAAAUUCGAUCAUCCUCAGUGGCACAUUCCUUAGACUUGUGGACUACAUGCAAGAAAUAUACGGAUUCAAUGUGACCUACCAGCUAAUAGAAAAUGCCACAAGCGUCGGGGUCAAAUACGGAGAAGACUACAGUUGGAGCGGAUCUUUAGGCAAGCUUAACGCGAGGGAGACGGACUUCGUGGCGUUCAUGGACAUAACGGAGGAGCGUGUGCACUCUUUCUCCAUGACCGACGGUAUCAUCAGCCACCCAAUGGCCAUGCUGGUGCAGACGCCCAAAAUCCUGUCUCGCAAGCUGCUCUUCGUGCAGCCCUUCACGACGCAGGUUUGGGUCCUCGUGCUGGUUAGCAUCCCAGUUGUGAGCGUGGCCCUCUGGUUUGUUUACAACUGGUCCCCCGAAGAAGCUCCUCGACGCCAAAAAGGAAGGGGUUUGUCACAGCUCCACAACUGCGCCUGGUACACUUACGGAGCGCUCUUGCAGCAAGGCGCAGUGCACCUUCCGGUGGGCACCUCUUCCCGCCUGGUGGUGGGCACCUGGUGGAUCUACGUGGUGAUCGUCAUGGCCUACUACAGCAGCAACCUGAUCGCCUUCCUGACGGUGCCGGAACCCCAGUGGCUCGUGUCGUCCUUCCGGGACGCCGUGAGGAGGGAAGACAUACACAUCUACAUCCCUUACGGCACGGGUCCCCACCAAGAGAUACUGGUACAUCAAAACCUGAACUGCAAGUCUUCGAGUGAGGACUUCGUCAAGCUUCGACAACGACUGAACAAAGCCAGUGCCAGUGCGGUGCAGGACGUCAGACCUGUCAUCGACGCAGUGGCAGCUGGAAAGGCCAUACUUCUAGGAGAUAAACUCCUGCUAGAAGCGCUUGCCGUGACGGAUUACAGGAACCGAGGCCGCCGGCGCUGCCGCGUAGCCGUCCUCAACGACGACAUCAUGCGUAUCAGCGUCGGUAUUGGCACUCGCAAAGGAAGCCCCUUUGUUCAGGCCUUCAACCAAGACUUCUUCAAGCUGCGCAGUUCGGGCAACCUGCGCUUUUUGCUGAAGAACCACCGCGAGAAGCCGCACGCGUGCAUCCGUGACUACGACGAGGACAGCCGCGGCCUUUCCAAGCCCAUCGGCCUGUCCGAGCUGGAGAGCGCCUUCCUGCUGCUGCUGAUCGGCACCGCGAUCUCCUCGCUGCUCGUUCCCGUCGAGUUCGUCGCCCGCUGGGCUCGCGCUCGGCGCAGGGCUCGAAUGCUGACGCCGUUGGAGCCGGCCUCGGAGCACGAGAACAGUUGGUGGACACCCGACAACCACACGACACGCCCCUUUAUCAGUCUGCGACAUGGCUGGAAGCGGGCCGAAGAGGCUGUCUGGACCACGGUCGGUCCCGGUGGCCACGUCAUCAGCGACUGCUACCCAGCCUUCGGCCAGUUCGGCCGUCGGCCGCUGUUCGUGAAGCAGACGUCACCCUUCCCUUUCUACCAGCCCUGCUGGGGCGGUACAGCAGCCGCCGAGGAGCCGGCGCAAGGCCGGCGGCGCGGACACGUCGUCAUGGUCGGGAACUGGCCGUGA